GCAUGUGCUACUUUGCAGUGGGGAAAAAAAGAGACGCCUGUCUAUUGUUGAGGUGCCUAUUUGCCAGUAGGGGUGAUCAUCAUUUUUGCGUGUAGAAACAGCGUCGUCCUUCCCCCCACCGCCUCUUUUUUUAACUUCUAGCAGAAGUGCGGAUGUGAGUUGCAUAUUGAUACGGAACAGGCCGCCAGUUUUUUUUCCUCUUAGCAAUGCGUGCUUAGGCAAUGAUCAUUUUGUGGAGCUAUGAAUCCAGAGGAGCAGACUGUAACGUGGUUGAUAUCACUAGGAGUGCUCAGCUCGCCUAAAAAGAACAUAGCAGACCCGGAGGAGUUUUUGAAAACAUCGCUGAAGGAUGGGGUCGUCCUGUGCAAGCUCACGGAGCGGCUCAUACCUGGCUUCACUCCCAAGUAUUGCCAGGAUCCGAGAACUGAAGCCGACUGCAUUACCAACAUCAAGGAGUUUUUAAGAGGAUGCUCGUCCUUGAAAGUGGAGGGGUUUGAACCAGAGUGGUUAUACACUGGCGAGAAUUUUGGCAAGGUGCUGACCACUUUGCUGGCAGUCAACUUUGCCACACAAGACUGUGCUGCUGAGAGGUCAUGUUCGCAGUCUGGUGCCCACUCCCCUAGUCAGUCGACAUCUUCACACACACUCUCCUCUGCCAAAUCCAAAGGCUCUCUGCGUAGGCAAUCCAAAUCAGUGGAGAUGUCUGAGAACGGCGGAGGCGGGCAGCUGAUGGUGAAGGCCCGCUUCAACUUCAAGCAGAACAAUGAGGACGAGCUGUCGUUCAAUAAAGGUGACGUGAUUCAAGUGGCGCGACAAGAGGAGGGAGGAUGGUGGGAGGGCACGCUCAACGGCAAGACAGGCUGGUUCCCCAGUAACUACGUGCGGGAGAUCAAACCCUGCGAGAAGCCAGUGUCUCCUAAAGGAACUCAGCUGACCAAGAACUACUACAGUGUGGUGGUACAGGACAUCUUGGAACAUGAGCGGGAGUUUGUCAAAGAAUUACAAACAGUGCUGAGUUGUUACCUACGACCACUGCAAGCCAGCGACAAAGUGAGCAGUGCAGACAGCGCCACCCUGUGUGGAAACCUGGAGGAGAUACUCACCUUCCAGCAGGGACUGUGUGUGGCUUUGGAGGACUGUACCAAAGUCCCAGAGGGCCAGCAGAGAGUGGCGGGCUGCUAUUUAAACCAGAUGUGUCAGAUCAAGACUCUGUACCUGGCUUACUGUUCCAGCCAUCCUUCAGCUGUUUGCAUCCUCACCGACCACAGCGAGGAACUGGACAAGUUCAUGGAGAGCCAGGGAGCCAGUGCUCCAGGGAUCCUGACCCUGACCACCAGUCUCAGUAAGCCCUUCAUGAGACUCGACAAAUACCCCACGCUGCUGCAGGAGCUGGAGAGACAUGUGGAGGAAGCCCACCCAGACUAUACUGACAUUGUAAAGGCAACAGCAGCAUUUAGGAGCCUAGUGACCCAGUGCCAAGAGCUGCGGAAGCGAAAGAACCUGGAGCUCCAGAUCUUGUCGGAGCCUGUGCGGGGCUGGGAGGGAGACAGCAUGAAGAGCCUGGGUCACGUGGUGUACAUGUCCCAGGUCCAUGUGAAAAAUGGCUCCAGUGAGGAAAAAGAGGAGCGCUAUCUAAUGCUUUUCCCUAAUGUGAUAGUCAUGCUCUCCGCCAGUCCCCGGAUGAGUGGCUUUAUUUAUCAGGGAAGACUGCCACUGACAGGCACCACAGUAACAAGACAUGCGGAGGAUGCAGACAGUGGCCACUACGCCUUUGAUAUCACAGGAAGCAUGAUCGAUCGCAUCACAGUGUUCUGCAGCACUGCCCAGGACUUACAAGAGUGGCUAGAGCACCUUCAGCCCUUUACCAAAGGAGGCAGCCCCGCAGGCACCAUCUCAAAGACGGUAGAAGGCAAGUCGCUGAGCAUGGUCGGCACCCCCACCCACCUGUCCCACCUGGGCAGCCUCAGCGCUGUCAGUCGCGGCCCCCUGGAGCCGCCAAAGAUCAGCAAGCCCUGGUCUCUCAGCUGUCUGCGCCCAGCGCCUCCCCUCAAACCCUCUGCUGCGCUGGGAUACAAAGAGAGGAUGUCUUAUAUCAUGAAGGACUCCAGCAAGAGCCCGCGGCCGAUGAAAAAGUUCCUGCCAGGCAACAGGAAGAAAGAGCGGAAGCCCUCUGAUGACGAGAUUCAAACAAGGAAAAGCACGGUCGCUCUGGAGGAGGACGCUCAAAUACUGAGGGUGAUAGAGGCGUACUGCACAGGAGCCAGCCUGCACCAGACCAGCACAGGUGUGCGUUUAUCGGUGCGGAAAGAGUGCGUCCCUCAGGUGCUUCUGCCAGAGGAAGAGAAGAUCAUCGUGGAGGAGAUGAAGAGCAACGGGCAGACAGUUAUUGAGGAAAAGAGUCUGGUUGAUGCUGUGUAUGCUUUAAAGGACGAGGUUCAUGAACUAAAAAAGGAGAAUAAGUGGAUGAAGCAGUUCCUGGAGGAGGAGCAGAAGUCUCGUAAAGAGCUGGAGAGAGUGGUUCGAAAACUGGCCAAGCAGAAGAACGAUUGUGCUUGGGACGACAGCAGCCACUGAGCACAUCCGCACAAUCAUCCUCAUCCUAGCGUGGCUGUGUGCGUAUGGCUACAUUUCUGUAUUCAUGCUUGCGGAGGGUCAGGCGUGUGUGUGUUUGUGUAUCUUGUCUAUGUUGCGUCUCCAUAUUUCAAUCACACACAGCAGAGUCGAACUCCCUCACUGACGACGACGCUUGGAGUUUGUUAGCUUCAAGCGCUGGAGCUUCACGUGACGUUUCUGAUGAAAUCUAAUCUGUCUUCCUGAUCCAGACCACGGAUACGCUUCGUCAUGAAGCAGCUCAGCUAAACCCAGACUGAUAAAGUGGGAUGUUUCAAACGUACUGCCUCUUGGCGACUGGCACUGUGAACACUCCCCCCAGCAAAUGGACAUAAACGAGUUCUCCGCUGCUUCUUGUGCUUCAGUUGGAAAUAGAAAAGGACGAAGCCAUCGAGUCCGAUAGGUGUUCUCUUUGCAUGCAUUUCUGUUACAAAGGGGACUGAUUUCCUUCUCUCUGCAUUUUUGUCAUUGUGGUAUUUUAUUUGUCACACGGACACCCAGUGGGGAUUCAUUGUGCUUUCAUGUGCAUUUUGUACCAUUCUAGACAUUCACAUCACAGGUUUCCUGGCUGUUUUGUUGGCGUUAAGGCAAAUCAAACAGGUUAGCUCCUCAUGCUACGUUCAGUUGUUUCCAAAUGCAGCCCUCGACUGUAUAUUUAAAAACUGCAUGAAUGUACAGUGUUUCUACGGUAUGAAUUCUGCAUCAGAAAUGUGAUAAUCGAGAUAUAUAGUCCAAAGCUAUCAGGGAUGCAGCUGCCUAAUAGAAUAGAAAAGGCUUAACUAUGUAUGAUUUAUAUACAAGAGUACGCAAAUAAUGACACAGACGUCACCUCUACUCUUCUUACUAAAAUAUAUUCAAGUAUAAUUUUAACAUAUUAAUGACAUAGCCUUGCGUUAUUUUGGAUUUUUUUUUUUUUUUUUUUUUUUUUUUAAAUAUUCUUUAUUUAUUGUUCACCCAAGCAUUUAAUUGUGGUGUUAGCCUUAUCGUUUUGCUGCCUUUACAUCUGUCUUGAAUUUUGUUAAACUUCAUUGAUGUGUGAAGGCAGAAAAAUAAUCCUCAUUUUGGCCAAGGGAAAGUAGACUUUUUUUUUUUUAAUAACAAAAGAGGAAAAAUGACUAGAGGGUUUUGUUUGCAGCCUCUGUGGCCUCCUAACAGGGUCCUGCAGAGCUGAUGGAGACAGGAAAUAAACAGAGAUUUACUUGUGGGUGUAGAGUAGAGCUCAACUUGUUUAAGUGCCUCCCGACGGGGUCGAUAAACUUAAAGAGAGUUUAAGACCGCACUGGGACUAAAUGCAUGAUUUAUAUUCAAAGUGUCACAGGUGGUUUGUUGUAAUAUUUCAAUAAGAAUGGCUCAAGCUUCAUGGGUAUAUUUCGGGUCGGAAAAAACAUAACAGGGCUUUGCGUGUUCUUGUUUUUUUAAGAUGCAGCCUCUUUACAAAGACCCACAGCGGUACAUUUCCUCAUGAGGCUGAGUGUGUGCACUGUCAACACUGUUAUCCUGUCUCGCUGCACUGCAGAGCAGCAGUGGAUGCUAUUGAAAUGCAAUAAGUGACUGCUUUACUGACUGACCUCUGGGUUAGUCCCAGCAUGGUGGGCCAGAUUUGGAGAAACUGCAAUAAUAAUGAAUGAAUUAACCCAAUUUAUUAACCAAAAAAAGAGGCCCGACCAUGUGGUUCAGCCACCACACAGUAAGGCUAUUCAUUAUUUUCCAUUUGCCUUUUAUUUAAUCGAGUCUCUAGGUAUUGAUGAUUGUUUAAAGUUCACUGUCCAGGUCCCAGUUUUCAUUACAAAUAAUCCAAAAUGUAAUAAUAUUGUAAUACUGUACAACGCCUGUGGGGAAGUGCUGUUUUUAUUGUGUGCACUUCUCUACAGGGAGGUCAGAGCACUGUGUAGGGUACAAGGCAGCACUGGCAGCAGAGCCAGUCUUGCUCAAGGGCACUUCAGCUAAGACAUAAAGCUGACCUUAAAGCUGUUAUUCUUAUAGGACGCUCAAUGGGCAGGAUUCUCUUCAGCAUAACAGAGACUCUGCUUCCUGUAUAAAUGUGUAACUGUCUCAUCAUGUGUUCACUGUUUAGAUUAUUGCUGUUCCUGUACCCUAAAUUGUUUUCAUCAAGUACCACAUACUGUAGUUUUCAAUUCCCAAUAGCCUCAGUGAGCACUUAAGCGGUGGGAGGGGGUUUAACUUCGGUUUCAUCUUGUUUAUCUCCAGACCACUGUGUGUAUUGUUUUUGAAAGGUUGUUCUAUGCAAUUAUUGUCGUUGCAAGUAUUGUAAUGCUUUUUUUUUCUAGACACUCUGUACUUUGUGUUUGGUAUGGUCAUUCUUUUAUUAAAAAUUUAAUAUAA